UGCAACUGCAAUACUGAAAAUUAAACCUACUCAAAAGAAGAAAAUAAAAAAACUAAUGACAAGUUUGAGCAAUUGGAUAGACAGCCUGUCAUUUAAUGAUUCAAAUGAUUUGAGCCAUGCACUAAUCUUCGAUUCAUCAUUCUGGAAAGACUACUCUCCAUAUUCUAUCUCUAUAAAUAUGUUUGAUUCAAACACAAUCCUUCCCAUCUUUCCUCUGUCUCACACUCCUCCGGAUUUCUUCCAAAUCCGAGUUGUUUCUUCUCUCUGUGUUUUUGCAAGAUAAAAAUGACGGAGUUGAGAACACUCUUGGGCUUAGCUGCUUUAACCAUGAUUGUCCAGCUAGCCGUAGGGGCUGAUUUAAAGGUGGGAGGUUCAAGUGGGUGGGAUACAACCACCGACUUACAGACAUGGGCAGCAAGCCAGUCGUUUUUUGUUGGAGAUAGCCUGAUUUUCACGUACUCGUCCAUCCACGACGUACUAGAGGUUACGAAGGCGGACUAUGACUCCUGCUCCUCAAGCAACCCAAUCAAAUCUUACAAUGACGGCAAUACUACAAUCCAGCUCUCUUCUCCGGUCAAGAGAUACUUCAUCUGUGGAAAGACUGGACAUUGUGACCAAGGGAUGAAGCUUGAAGUUAACGUUCUGGCUUCUUCCACCCCACCAACCGCUUCUCCUGUCACUCCUCCGGCAGCCCCGCCACCUGUGGCAACUUCAACUCCCCCACCUUCACAGAAACUCUCUCCUUCCAGCCCUCCGUCUAAGUCCCCCGCUUUAGCCCCAUCUAAAUCACCUUCUAGCAGCCCCACACCACAAACGGUUCCUUCUACCGAGUCACCUGUGGAGCAACCCACCAGAUCCCCUUCAAGCUCCGCUGCACCUCCACCUCAACCAUCUUCUUCAUCAAAAACCAGUAGAAAUCUGCAAGUGAAGCUCGCGACGGGUUUCAGUUUGGGGAUGAUGAUGGUUCUGGCGCUUUAACCUAUUUAUUUAAUAAGUCAUUAGUCCUUGUGUUUCAUUUUGCUGCUUCGCCGGCCUCCGGGACGACCUGAGAACAAACAAAAGCUUCUGUACUUUUUUUUUUUUAUGUUCUUGAUGUUCCAUGCUAUAACAUAAGAAGAAACAAGGGUACCCUAGUUUCAUCACUAAAA